AUGCUCUUCAAGACUAUCGCUUACUAUGGCCUGCUGGCCUCAGCCAGCGCCGCCCCUCAGCCUGAUCGAGUCCAACCCCGGGCUCCCACGCCCACGACGCUCCAGCCUGGGCAAUAUUGGAUCCGGGCAGUUGCAUCGCCCAAUUUUCACAAAUAUCUACAGACAGUCCCGGCCAAUCAAGCAGGAACCGCCACCCUCAACGACUAUACUACUGCUGGACAGUAUAAUAUCGUCGAUGGGCAGCUAGUCGAUUACACCGGCACUCUGUAUCUCCACGUCGAGAAGCCGGCAGACCUGGCCAGCCCACCGAGGACGUUGGCGACGUCGUUCAACGCGACAAAGAACAGCUUCGGGACCUUCGCAUUCCAAGGAGACGCCGUCACCUGGUCUGCGCCUGGCUUGCAGAGACAGAAUUUAGCGGCCUGGCUGGUGUGCCAGAAUCAAGCUCUGUUCAUCAAUACCGGAGCCUAUGCUUACCAAACUCCGGCAGGUUGUGCCGACCAGACGAUCCACUAUUACAACGGUGCAACUGCAAAUAACUGA